UUGUUUUGAUCUUUUAAAUUUAAAAAGUUUCUGGCAACCAUGAGCACUUUGAACAUAAAGAUUGAUUUCCUGAUUUUUGAAGAUCAGAAGGUUGAUGAAAAAACAGAAAAACCAACUUUGAUAAAAACAUUUCAAGUAUCAUCAUCUGAUAGAGUAGAAGAAGUUAUUAAAUUAAUUAAAGAAAAAGUUUCUGUUUUAGAAACAAAACCAAAUAAGAAUUUUGGUUUUGGUUUGUUUUACAAUGAUUUUAAUGAUGAAAAAAAAAGUUAUUGGCUCAUGAACAGUAAAAUGAUUGGAUUUUAUGGAAUUGAAAAUGGGGCUACAUUAUACUACAAAGAAAAAGAUAGAACAUUAAAUGUUAAAAUGCUUGAUGGUACAAAAAAAAAAUUAGUGGUAGAUGAUAGUAAAUCUGUGGGACAUGCUUUAGAAAUAAUAUGUGAAAAGAUUGGAAUAAACUCUCUAAAUGCUGAUGAGUAUGCUCUAUUUAUUGAAGAAGAAAAAGAACAAGAAUUACUAGAUAUACCAAUACAAGUUAAUCGAAGGGCUUCUGUCAUGGAUUUAAUUAUGGACAAAGUUGACCAAAUACAAGAAAAAAAAGUUCAAACAAUAAAGAAGAAAGCACACACUGAUGAUGACACUAAUUGGUUGCGUAAUGAUAAAACAUUUCGUGAAGUUGGUGUACAUAAUGAUUCUGUUGUAGUUAUACGCCGAAGGUAUGUCUAUGAAAAGAGUGUGAAUAUAACCAAUCCAGUUGAAAUCAACCUACUAUAUAAUCAAUACCGUGACAAUAUUUUAGAUGGAAGUUAUCCUUGUCAACUUGAUGAAGCAGCUUUGUUUGCUGCAUAUCAGAUACAAGUUCAAUAUGGAGAUUUUGAUGAAUUAAGAUAUAAGUCAGGAAAUAUAGACUUCAAAGAAUGUGUUCCGAAGGAAUAUUUUAAAAAUAAAGAAAUCCAAAAAAAAAUUAAAAAGGAACAUAGUAAAUUGGUGGGCAUAAAUGAACUCGAUUCCAAGUAUAAAUAUAUACAGCUAUGUCAGAAUCUUCCCACCUAUGGCGUUACUUUUUUUGUUGUGAAGGAGAAAAUUGAUGGUAAAAACAAGUUAAUUCCACGUCUCUUUGGUGUAAGCAAAGAGAGUUGCUUUCGACUUGAUGAAAAAACUAAACAGGUGUUAAAGGUGUGGCCAUUAACUUCUGUGAAAAAAUGGGCAUCUUCCCCUACCAGCUUUACAUUAGACUUUGGUGAUUACAAAGAAGGUAUGUACACAGUUGUGACAUCUGAAGGAAAACAAAUAUGUCAGCUGAUUGGUGGUUAUAUUGAUAUUAUUCUAAAAAGGAGAAAGCGCAUCCAAAUGUUGAUGGGAGAUGGUGAUGAUCAUGGAGUCAUAGCUGAAGGAACUAAUCUGCCAUGCCGCAGAAUUGAUAUUUCACGGAAUAACUUUUUAAAUGUACAAGAGUCUAUUCCCCAAUAUCCAAGGAGAUCCAGUGUUCAAGGACUUUUAUCUUCAGGGCAACAAGCUUUAAUUAGUAACUUGGAUAAUAGUGGCAAAGCCGUUAUGAUACUUGUUGAUGAGUUAAAUGAAGAAAGUUCUUAUGACAUAAAUGAACCCUUAUAUGAAGAACUAGAAACUGAGAAAGUUGAUGGCGAGUACCAAAUAGAGGAUUUGAUGUCAGACAUUGCAACAGGUGUUGUUUCAAUUGUGAGCAAAACAUCUAACAAUCCUUCUGAUGAAGAACUGGUUGCUGUUGGAAACAGUGUUACUUCAUUAACAUCCAACUUAACUGACUUGACACGGAAGUUAAAGUUACAGACCAAAGUUUUAGAUAAUGAACCUGAUAAUGGUACAUUUUUAGAUGCAGCAAAAGAUUUGGCUCAUGCAUUUAAAGGGCUUUUUAUUUCAUUAAAUCCGAAGGAAAAUAAUCGAAGCGAAGUUACUAUUAAUGUAAACAAAAUAAGUCGAGCUUUCAUAAAAAUCAAUCAUAAAGUUCCAAAAAAUCCAGCUUUUAAUGAAGUUCUACUUGAAAAGGUUAAUGAAAUUAAAAAUGCAUCUGAUUUGAUACUAGCAGCUUCAGGUGAUGUUUCUCAGGCAUUAGAUGGGGAAAGUUUGUUAAAAAUCAAUAAAAUUGCUGCUCAAUCAAAACAAAGAAUGAUACAGUUCACAUCAAGCAUCAAUCUUUUAUUACCAUAUAUUACCUCCUCUAAUGCUCAAGCAGAGAUUUCUGACUUAAUUGAAAAACUUAAUGCAGAUGCCAAUACUUUGGGCGAACUCUGUUUAGCUGCAAGCAGUGAUGACGAUUCAAAAUAUAAGAUACAAUCAGCUUUAAUUGAUAUCAAAGGAUCUUCAGAUGCUUUACUUAAACAUAUAGAAAAAAAGAAUGAAAAUUUUGCAGAGCAAAACAUGUAUGAUGUUCUACUAGAUGCUAAUGAUGCAUUUUUUAAAUGUAUUGGUGAUUCUGGUGAAAUGAUUAAACAAGCUAUCAUAAUUGGUCAGACUUGUGCACAGCUUGCAAAAUCGAUAGAACUAUCUGCCAAUAGUAACUCAGUAGAUGAAAAAGAAAAAAAACUAGAAGCAGUUGCAAAACUAUCAAGUGCUACAGCUGCUUUAUUGAAGUCUGCUAAGGUAUUAAGAGAUCAGCCUGAUGAUUAUGAAAAACAAGCUGUUUUAAAGUCAAUGGUUAUUGAUGCUCAAAAUGUUGCUAAUAUUGUGACAGAUGAUGCUAUUAAAGCAGUGUCAAUAACAAAAUUGUGUGACUCUGCUGAUGCUGCUUUGAAAUCCACUUCACAAAUGCUGGCUGCAGCUAAAAAUGUUGCUAUUAAGAACACAGACUCUGUUGCUCAGGAGUAUAACAAAAUUAGUUCAGUUUUUAUGACAGUAAACAAUAAAGAUCUGGCGGAUGCUGUUAAAGAAUGUGAGCCAAAUCCAAAAAAUGAAAUUGCAACUAGAAAGCUCAUGUCAUCAAGCAAACACUUUGUUCCGGCUGCAUCAAGACUCAUACUUGCUUCAAGAGCAUUAGUUACACCUGAAACAUUAGAACUAUCUCAUACAAUUUUGCAAGCUGAAAAAUCAUUAAAGGAACUAUCAAAAUCUAGGAGCAAGGCAUCUCAAGACAAGUUAGCAUAUGAAAAGAUCUUAGACACGCUUAAAAGUUCACUUCAAGACCUUGAGCAAGUCCCUUUAAAUGGUACUGAUGUUGCAUCAAAAGGAAACAUGAAGGAUUCUCCAAAGAUUCUACAAAGCCGUAUGGUUAAUCUUUGUGAAAAUGUUGAGAGUUUAAUACCUGCUCUUAUUGAAAAAGAAGAAAGUAUCAUAGAAUUUGUUGACAAUCCACUUUCCACAUUUGCUUCCCAUUUAAGCACGUUGUCAGAACUUGCAGUUUCAUUUGCUACUUCAACUUUUAUGUCAAUGAUGCCUUUAAAAAAGGCAGAGAUGCUGUCCACAACAAAAACAACUUUUGAAUCAGCUAUCAACAUGAUCAAUGCUCUAAAUGAAAACAUUGAUGAACAGCAAAUAAGCAAUUUUCAACCUGAUACAAGUAAUUUGGAGCCUGCAGUUGUUGAAAGCAAUAAUAGUUUUAAAACAGCAUUAAAAGAAAGUAAAGAACUGCUAAAAGCUAUAUCUGUUGAAAAUGAUGGAUGUAUAUCUGUUGAAAAUGAUGGAUGGGAUUGUGCUGUAAAAGCAGUUAAAAUCAAUAAGAAAAAUUUAGCUGAUCAUGAUGGUGAGACAAUGCUAUCAGAUCCAUUAGAAAAUGAUGGUGAGAUGAUAUUAUCAAAUCCCAUAAAAAAUGAUGGUGAGAUGAUAUUAGCAAAUACUAUAGAAAAUGACGCAACAAAGUUAAGUACUGUUCAUCAUCAAAAUGUUGCAAAAGCACUGAAAAUGAUUGCCCAAAAGUCUCAUUGUUUGGCUGAAAGAUGCUGUACAGAACCAAAUGAGCAAGCUGCAAUAAAUUGUACAAUACCAAAUGAUCUUGAUGAAAUAGUUCAACAUGUAUCUAUGAAUUAUGGAAAACUUUGUGAAGAUAUUAAGCAAGCAAAAAUUAUUAGAUCAGAGAUGGGGAAAGAAUUCAUUGCUAACACUCUAGAGUUAGGUGAUGCCUGUAUAAAAAUGAUGACAUCAGCCAAAAAGUUUCAUAUUGAUCAGACAGAAGCUAAUAAAAAAGUUGUUGCUGAAAAUGUCAGCGAUGUUUCUGCAAAGGUUGCUUUGCUUGUAUUAAAUGUUGAAAAUGGUUUUGUUGGUCGACAAGAGUGCAUUGAUACAAUUGGUCAACAAGAGUGCGUUGAUACAAUUGGUCAACAAGAGUGCGUUGAUACAAUUGGUACAUUAGAUGAACUUAUUGCUGAUAUCAAUUCAACUAAAGCGGUUGCAGAGAAUCAUAAUCUUUUUAAUAUUGAUGAUUCUACUUUUGAAGAACAUAAAGAGGAAGUGUUAGUGUCCAUUCAGAAUGUUGGGAAAAAUCUAAAAGCAAUUACAAAUAUGUUUCCAGUCUCUCAAACAAAUGUUGCUGUUUUGGUUAAGGAUGCCAUUGCAAAUGCCAACAAGCUUGGUUCUGUAAUGAAGAAAGCUGCAACUGCUUUAGGUACAGAGGAUGCUGAUGGUCAGGUAUUGUUAUUAAAUGCUGUUAAAGAUGUGAUCUCUGCAUUAAAAGAUCUUAUAAAUGAAACAGAAAAAAUUUCAGAUUCUGGUACAGUAGGAGAUAUGAAAGCAAUAUCCAAGCAUAUGGUUACCAAUUUAGCUUCUUUACUUAAAGCGGUGAAAAGUAUUAAAAAUGAUGUUAAAAAUGAAUCAUUACGUGGAGCAAAAGCUGUUGAGUCAGCAUUAGAAGCAAUUCAACAAGCAAUUAUUAAAAAUACAUCUUCACCAAUGCCAGAAAAAAGAACGACAAAGAAUAUAACACCAGAUGACCUAAUUCAAGCAACUAAAGGUAUUAAUUUUGCAAUAGCAAAAGUAGAAGCUGCAGGUGCUUCACUUAGGCAAGCUGACAUAAUUGAAGCUGCCAAUGUUGGUCGCACAAAGUGUUUGGAGCUUUUUGAAGUUGCUCAGGCAAUGAUACAGUGUACAGAAGAUGAUAUUGUUCGUGAGGCAAUCGUUCACAGUGUUAAUGAAGCAAAUGAGAUGUAUUGUGGUGUUCUUAAACAUUUAGUUCAAAUGCAAGAUCAACCUGAACUAAAAGAAGAGUUUUCCACUCUAACUCAAAGAGUAACACAGUCCGUAGGAGAACUUGUGGGAACUGCAGAGGAAAUCAAUAUGUUUCAGUCUAAUCAAGUCAGCAUAUAUCAAUCUAAACCUGCAUUCCCUACUCUUAAGUUUGUUCUUAAGUUGUCAGAUACCGAAAGCGAUCUUGUUUGCUGCAAUGAUUCAAAUGUUGCUGAAAUUGGUUUGCUAGAAGCAGCAGCAUCUGUUGAAGCAUCUGUUAAAAAAAUUACAGAACUCAAUCCAAAAACAUUUAAGAAGAAAAUUGGCUUUGAAUUAAAUUUUGAAGAUCGCAUAUUAGAGGCUGCAAAAGAAGUUAUAUCUGCAUCUGCAAAUUUAUUAAAAGCUGCUUCUCUACAGCAAAAAGAGUUGCUUGAGACAGGAAGAAUCGCUGUGAAUGGUACAAAUGUUUAUGUAAAUUCACGUCAGUGGGCCGACGGCUUAGUGUCUGCAGCUUACUUGGUAGUUUCAACAACAGACUCACUUUGUGACUCUGCUAAUGGUUUAGUACUUGGGAAAUCAAGUCAAGAAAAAUUAAUAGCUGCUGCACAGGCAGUUUCUGCUUCUACUGCACAUUUACUACUUGCCAGUCGUGUUAAAGCUAGUCCUUUUAGCAAAGUUCAGAAAAAUCUUCAGACUGCCGGUGCUUCAGUGAAAAGUGCGACUGAGAGGCUGGUAAAAACGGCUAGAGAAGGCGUUUUGUAUGAUGCUGAAAACAUCGAAUCAUAUAAAAAAGUUCGUCGAGGUACAAAAACAUCAGAAAUUAUUGAACAAAUUGAAGCUCAAGAAAAUAUUUUAAAAAAAGAACGAGAACUGAACUUAGCACGUCGACGACUUGAGGUUUUGAGAGAGCAACAGUACGCUAAAGAUCGAGCCGAUGACUCUUCUGACGAUGAACAAGGAACUAGUUUUUAAAAAUUUAUGAACUCUUUAUUGUAAAAUAUUUAAAAUCUUCUGUAUUUAUUUUAAUUUAUUUAA